AUGAGCAUACUGGGCGGCGAUGACCCCGGUAGCUACUUCCUCGAAAUGAAUGCUAAAGACUUGAUUAACAUCAAAGCAAAGAAUUCAAGGAUGGAUGAUGUGGACGAUGUCCUAAAGACUGUCAACUUCUUUAGGGAGAUGAAAGCUAUAAACAGGGAAUUCUUCUAUGACAUGCAACUCGAUGAGUCCAACAGAGUUAAGAACAUAUUCUGGGCGAACGCAAGCUGCCGUGGGGCCUAUCAGGACUUUGGUGACUGCAUAAUGUUUGACACCACAUAUAAGACCAACAAGUACCAUAUGCCACUUGGGGUGUUUGUAGGUACUAGCAACCACUUACAGACUACAUUCUUUGGUUUCGCCCUGAUAAGAGAUGAGGAUGCAGAUUCAUUCAGAUGGCUGUUCAAGACAUUUUUAAGGUGCAUGAGAGGGAAGGCUCCUACAUGCAUCCUCACAGACCAGUGCCCGGCAAUGGCUUUCGCGAUCCCAGAUGCUUUCGGGAACACGGUACACAAGCUGUGUUGCUGGCACAUUAUGAAGAAGUACAGGGAACACCUCGCAUACCUGUACAACCUGCGCAAAGAAUUUAAGGAUGAAUUCACAUCAAUCCUCAACUGGCCCCUCAUGCCAACUGAGUUUGAGGCUGCCUGGAAAAGACUCAUGGAUAAGUACAACCUCCAUGAUGAUGCCACGAUGAAGGAACAAAACACGCUGACCUUCUAUGGGUUUGACACCCAGAUGGCAAAGCUUUACUCACGAGCUGUGUACAGCGAGAUCAGAAAUAGGCUAAAACUGAGCACACUCUUCACAGCGACAGAGAUGGAAGAGCCCACAAAGUACCUCGUGCGCUACAACAACCCGCAAAAACUUUCUGUGUGGGCUCAGCACGUGUUCCAGGUGGUUGCAGACCCCGUGGGAGAAACAUAUGAGUGCGAGUGCAGGCUAUGGGACCACACAGGUCUUUUCUGCGUGCAUGUCAUGUGCAUGAUGCAGACAAUUAAGGCUGCCAGCGCUCCAGAGAAAUACAUCCUCAGGAGAUACACCAAACGCCCGAACAUCCAGCCAACAUUCAACAGAAAUGACUUGAGGACAGUAGCAUCAAACAAGGCAUCCCAAUACUGCAUUGAAAGCUCACUGCUGACGCUGAACAUGAGGGUGCACAGAAAAAGCUUGAGAAACCAAGAGAAAAUGGCGAGGUCACGGGUCGUCAUGGACAAACUUGAACAAGAACUCGACGCCAUGCAUUCUGCCGAAAACGGAGGUGUCGCGGACAAUGAAGCCAUUGAGCAGGAUAUUGCUACAAUGUUAUCCGAGAUGAACCAUCUGGGAGCUAUUGACCCAUUCGACAACGAGGAAGAGGAGCAACAGCAACCAAAGCUUGCCCAUGUGCACACUCAAGAGCACCAACAUGCUCACAUGCAAGAUCAUGAGCUUGAUGGUGUUGUAGGCGAACGACAUGACAACAGGACAUCCUACCAGCAGCAGCACGAAAGGGUGAUUAAACCACCCAUAUUCUCAAACACAAAGGGGAGGAAGAGUAAGACGCAAGCAGCGAAAGCAGCAGCCAAAAAGCUGCCACGCCCCAUCAGAUGCGUGGAAUUUGGCCCGGACGGCAAACCUCUCGGGAUAAGGGCAUGCGGAUUCUGCAACGUCGUGAGCAACCAUAAUUACCGCACAUGCCCACUCCGCACAGAUGCCACUGUCAACAAGCAAACGCUGCACAAGCAGAUUGGAGCUGCCCAGGUUUCUACCAAUGGAGAUGACACACGUAACACCUACACUUGCCGCAAGUGUGGGGGAACUGACGGACAUAAUGCCCGCACGUGCAAAGUGGGCAAGGAGGUCAGUGGCACUGAACAGAAAUAG